AUGGCUGAACAAAAACAAAGGCCGCUGCCCUCUCUCAACACCGCAAAAGCUGGAAAUAACUCUCUGAAGAUUUCAAUGCUGCGAAGCAGAGCAACAGCAUUGAUUGGACAGACCAAGUUUGAUAAAGCAGCAACUCUACUUGAGGAACUUGCUCAACUGCAGAAAUGUACGGAACUAGAGUCGGCACUCAUGAUGGUCGAAUGUUAUCUACAACUUGGAAGAGAAAAGAAAGGUGAAAAAGCCAUAGAUGACGUCAGACGAGAAAUUAUGACAUCAUCAUUUGAUGCUGAUGACGUCAAAACCCUCGCGAUUGACUUGAUUUCGAAUUCCUCUUACAUUCGCGCUAUAAUAUUGCUUCGAAUAGCAAGUGAUAUCUACAAGGCUCGCACAAGAACACCCGAUGAUGUAAUGAAUUGGAUUAAACUUUGUGUCGAUAAGAUAGAUGAUGCUACAAGGCCAUUGAUAGAAGCCGGUGGUCGAUCUAAAAUUAUAGGAGUAGAUUACGGCAUAGAAUACAUGACAGAAAUGCUGGAUGAUAUUCGUGCAAUAGAAAACGCUGAUCCAGUGAAUAAAGCAAAACAAGAGGCUGAGUGCUGUGAUUACAUUGGAUAUAACUAUUUCCUUGCAUAUGAAGAGGAGAAAAGUAUAAAAAUACGAAAGAAUGGACUGGAGGUUUUGGAGAAACAGUUCGGAUCAAACGCUUCAAAAUAUCAAAUCUACGGUUUAUUGCUGAAUAAUAUCGGUGUAGGGUAUUGUAGUCUGCAGAAAUAUGAAGAAGCAGAAUCCUAUGAUAUUAAAGCCAUUGAUGCGUAUGGAAAGGCUUCAGAUUAUGGAAAUGAAGCUGAGAGAAAGGAAGAUAUUGAAAAUUCAAAAACUGAGCUCAAGAAUGCUCGAGCAAAAUUAACCUGA